CUUUCAUCUUACUCCUUCCAUUUGAGUUCCGGAACAAGCCCGUCCGACCCAAUGCGUGUCGCCGAAGCUGGUUCCGCCCAUGCCGCGCGUGGCCCAGCUGGCGCGUCUGGGCGCCUUCGAGAAAGCGCCGUGUCCGGGCUCUGGCUAUAAGGUCCCAGGCAGCGCAGGGGAACGGACGGCCCUGGAGGAUGGUCCUCUCCUGGACGACUCCGAGCGGUCGAACUUGAAGGUGGAAGAAGAAGAUGACGACGACCUUCCAGAGCUGGUGGAGAGGAAGGCCUUCGAGGGGAAGCGCUGGAUGGAGCCGCAGAAAGCACUCGAGGCGGUGCGUUGGCUGGUCUCCGGACAAAGCGCCUCCUUAGGACCCAGCCGCCCAGCGCCACCCUUUGGUUUGGGCGUCACGUGCCGCGUGCUGGGCUUCUGGGGCUCUUCAGGGGAGGAGAUCCGAGAAGAGCUGCGCUGGGACGGGACGCAGUACCUCUGCAGCUUGGAGGUGCCACCAGGAGAGGAUGCCAUGUUCCAGAUCGACGUGGAAGGAGUUGGCCGGAUGUAUCCCAGCCUGGAAGGGGCCAAUCCCGGGCUUCGUCAUGAGUUGUUGGGCCCCGACCCACCACAUCCAGAGCAAGCCUCGUGGUUCUUGGACUCGGUGCGACGCCCGCGGCGCGGCACCGUCUUCGUGGCCUGCCCCAGGGGCUGCGCAGCGGCCUUGGGCUGGAGAUUUGAUGGGGAGGAGAUCCCAAGGGAAACAGAAGACUGGCACGAGAUGGGCCCAUGGCUCAUUUCCAGUCAUAUCGGCCAGGGCAAGCAGGGCGCCGUGGUGUGCACCGGACGUUGGCCGGGGGCUGGGCUGGGCGGUGUGGUGGCGGUGAAGUAUCCGGUGGAGCCGGAGGAACUGAAGCUCUACGCGCGAGUGCACGAUUUGGCCGGCCUACCAGAUCUGGUGGAUUUCGGCCGCUUGCCCAAGCAUUCGGAGAAGACGGGUUAUUACAUGGCGAUGUCCAAAAGCGAGCCUUGCCUGGACAUUUUGCUGCGUGGACAGCUCCAUAUCCACGAUCCCACUCCGCAGAUCUUGGGCCGAAUUAGCUGGCCAGUGGUGGCUGGCAUGGGCCUGCGGCUCUUGCGCACUCUCGAGGCUAUACACCUACGAGGCAUCAUCCAUUGUGAUCUGAAGCCUGGGAACGUCCUGCUCCACCGCCGGGCGCCCCACGUGCAACUCAUCGAUCUGGGCCGCGCCGGCGACAAAGGGCGCACAUCGUUCGAGCCGGGCCAGGGCGGCAUGCGAGACUACAUGUCCAUCAAGUCUGGCUUAGAGGGCGGACGGCGCACCAGCGCAGAUGAUGUGGAGUCAUUGGGUUGGUUUCUGCUUCGGCUUCUUCUGGGUCGCUGCCCUUGGAGUGCGAAAGUGAAGCCGCACCCUUCAGAGACUUGGGAAGAAGGAGGCGCUCGUGUGGCCCGUGAGAAGCUUCGUUUUUUGGAGGAGGGCGGCCUGAAGCGCUUUGCGCCGGAGUGUCGCUUCUGUCCUCCCUUCCUCAUGUCCUUCCUCCGCCGCGCACGCUCGGCGGCGGGACACGAGCUGGCCCCAGCGGAGUACGACGCGCUAGCGGAGCUUCUGGUGAAGGGCACCGACGUCCAAGGGCCCUUGGAGCUGGAGAGCAAGUUGGAACAGUGGGUCUCUGGCUAUUAUGCCGCGCGGGAUGCUGGCAUCCUGAAGAAAGGCAUGUGGCCAUAUGCAGGAGUGUGCACUCUCCACUGGCUCUUUGUGAGCGAGGGCCCUCCAGCUGCAAAGCCAUCACUAAAGCGGCUCCAGGUCUGCGCGGGUCUGGUGCUACGCCUCACCGGGGAAAAGGUUGAGAUCGAUGAGCGUAUCUGGAUGGAGUUGGAUCCUCUUUGGUCCCCGGGCUUGCCCGACGUCUUGCUGAAGCCGGGCUGGGUCCUCGCCGUGGGGCCUCCACCCACAGGAGGCCGGGCGGACACGUGGCUUGAGUGGGGUUUGGAGUUCCCCGUCGUGGAGAAUGUGAAGGGCGUCCUCGACAAAUCCGACUGACGCAUACUGACGGAAGCUCCAGCUCAGCACAGGAUUCGAAGUUGGACUUGAAUCAGGAAGCACUUUAAUAUCAUUGCACCAUGUUGCAACCCUUUAUGAUCGUUGGUUGCAAUCGAUCCACUCCAGAAUCAUAGCAGAUCAGCAGAUCCAAGGCAGAUCAGUGUUGAAGGGACUUUCUCACUUGUUGUCAGCAGAAAUAGGACCUCGGAGUACAUAGUUUUGAGCAGGGUUUGCGCCGAAUAGGCAUGCCUGUGCACGUCUCUGACAGAAGCGCAGACAAAACUGAUGUGCGCAAAUGCAGCUCAGGCAUUUUGACAAAGUCCUUGGAAAACCAUGCCAUGGAUAUGAGGUUGGGAAAGCUGUUGACAACCCCAAGGCUAUCCAGAAGCG